AUGAUUCAAGAGGCAGAGUUCUCGGAACAAAGCAGCGUGAAAGCUGAACUUGGUAACAACGUCGAAAAUCCAGACUAUGGUGGUGAUGGGUCUGCGCUGAAAAGCAAAAAGGAACUACGUCGUGAGCGCAAAAAAAGGAAGUUACUGGCGCUCUCGGCGGUAAUGAUACUAAACGAACAAGAAGGCAUCGGAAGGCACGGUAGUAACAAAACAUCCGCCAACAGUGAAUGCGCUCCAGUUGAUACGAACAACAGUCAGGUAGAAAAAGGUGAGCUAAAGAAAAUUCUUGCCAACAAUCGAACGGCAUUCGACAUUGGAGAGGGGAACGUCACCGGAGCUGAGAACCCUGUUGUGGAACCAAAGCGGCGGAAAGAAGACGUAUGCAACGCCAGUGUUGAGGGAAUCCCUCGGAACAACGGUAACGUGCAGGAUACAGACAUAGAAUACCGGACCUUAAAGGCUUACGUAAAUCAAGCAAAAACUAUGCGCUACACGCCGCGCAUCGUGCUGAAACCGAUCGGGCAGAAAGCCCUGCUCGAACGGAAACCACAAGAGGAACGGAUUCCACUGCUGCUGGACGACAUCCAAGCGAUGCUGAUGAACACGUUGCUGCGAAUGGAUUCUCCUACCGCGCCGCGCUGGGUUAACAUAGAAAAAAUCUCCAAGCUAACACACACCGUUGUGUUGAUCGUCGAGGGGUUCUCUUGCGAAAAUUACGUUACUUACCGGGAACACAUGCCCGCAUGCUCGACGAACAUCUUUGGUCCGAUGCACACACUCCAGAUCGUGUGCCCAUCGGUGAAGUUAUUCGAAGAGAUUGCAUGCGUUCCGCUUAGCGACACGCACAAGGACAUCCUCGUGGCCGAGUACGGCUCACUCGAGGCGGCUAUGAAAAUCUGCAAAGAUCAAACGUUGGUACGGAAGAGUAUUUUUUCUAACAUAGACGCAGCGCGAUCGCUAGACAACCAGCCGGACUACAGCGACCUAAAGCUUCCAGGCAAUGAUAAAUUUCCCCGUACGCUACUACUCCUAUCGCCGAUUCAAAUGAUCAACGAAGGAUUUCCUCUGCCCCUUGCCGGGACCCUUCAGAAUCGCUACAAGGACUACUUAACGACGAGCGACCAUUACAAACCGGUCACACCACAUUCCCCGAUGUUUGGUGUGGAUUGUGAAAUGUGCGGCAUAGCUGGUAACAAAUCCGUACUGACGCGUGUAUCUAUCGUCAACGAAGCGGGCAACAUCGUGUACAACGAGCUCGUAAAACCCCUGCAGAAAAUCAUAGAUUAUCGCACUCGGUUCUCCGGCAUCACGGAACAAAUGCUUAAGAACGUUACCAAGCGGCUGAAGGACGUGCAGCGGGAUUUACGCGCGCUGCUCCCUCCUGAUGCGAUUCUGGUUGGUCACUCAUUAAACAGUGAUCUGGACGCGAUGGAGAUGCUGCACCCGUACGUGAUUGAUACGAGCAUCGUUUACAACAUUUCGGGCAAUCAGUCUCACAAGCAGAAACUGCGCAUAUUGGCGAAAAAGUUUCUCCACAAGGAUAUACAGUGCGGUACCGAUGGGCACGACUCGAUCGAGGACUGUGUCACGAGUCUUGAGCUGGUGAAGCUGAAACUGACCCACAGCAUUUAUUUCGGCGAUCAGUGGCUACAGGACCGGCGCAAUAAUCACGCUUUAUUGUCCAGCAGCCCGAUCGGUAUCGCACAAGCAACAGAAACCGCACCCUCCGAAUUGGUGGGAAAUGCUAACAAAGCUAGAAAUAUUACGACGACUUUAUUCUCGCACGCUAAGAAACGCAACAAGCGCUCGGCGAUCGUCACGAAUGCCGCCGAGGAUCUGAAGUGUUUCGCUGCCUACUUCGGAGAUGCCGUGCAGCACAAACAGGAGGCUGCUGCUUCAAAGGAUUGGCUUUCGUACAGUAUGACGACUUCAUUGGAUGAAACAAUUCGGAAUACGGCGGAAAACUGCCUUCAGUAUGAUUUCAAUAUCGCUUACGCUAAACUGCCGAGAGAUCCUCCGGAGGGCGAUAAUAAUAGCGAUAAAACUGCCCUCGCCAAACAGAUCAACGAGUGGGUGCAGAGUCUGCAUCAUGCACUAUCAAUCAAUGGGUUACUCGUGGUGUUACUCGUUGGUGCGGAGGGAACGAAACAAAGCACCGGCAAUCGCAUCGGUGUCGUUAUGCUGCAAACGAAAAAGCUAACGAACGGGUGAUUUGCAGAUUAGGUGAAAGCGGCGCUGGGAUACUUGUGUUACGAUUUUCCGUAUGUUUUGAAUUAAUAUUUCGUUGAAUUUGUUUCUCCUAGAGUAAAAGAAAUUUGAAUUAAACUUCAACUGUUACAGUUAUCGAAUAAACUUUAAAAAGGUUUUUUUUUAA